AUGAUCAACGGUUGGUGCGUCGGUGCUUUGCUUAUGACAUUUGCAGCUUCGAAGACGGAGAUCAGAGCGUGCUCUAAAUCCCCUAUAAUUGACGCCGCUGUUCACACAUGCUCGUCCAUUGAAGCAGCCACCCCAGCGUCCAGGAUACACGAGAAUAUGAGGCAGCCCACCUCUGCUGACAUCGAGGUUGGUAGUUUGCUUCAACUAGCAAAGGCAGCACCAUUUGUCGCCUACCCGGCGCCUUUGAUCAAGCAGCAGCACCUUAUUGCAGAUUUUAUCAAACGCUCCCGUACAGAUGAGGUUUUCAUGCCCUCAAGGACCGAUUCGCGCUGGAAUGCUCCAAUGCAAAUUGGUAUGACGGGGACGGAGUUUCUUGCGCAGUAUGGACUUCAGGUCAAACCUACACCAGGCACUGGGAAUUGUCAAUACUAUGCAAUAGCGAUGUCUCUGCUUAAUUUGGAAUUCGACACAUCGACGCAUAUUAAGAUGUUGGAACAAAUGACUCAAUACUUGAAAGAAGGGAUUGCGCAAGCGAGCCGUCAUGCUUACGAUGUAGAAUUUCCGCAUGAUAUCCGACAAGCCAUACUGGUGAGCGUUCAAUUGGACAUUGGCGAUCAAGAGCUGAUGGUGCCCGAGACAGCGGAGGAAUCGGAUCUGUACUUCCAGCAAUACAUAUACGACAUCGCGCAGUCACCGUCCUCAAUCUCGUCGUAUUUGUUGGCGGGACAAUGGGGCACAGAAGUUACGCUUCGUAUGAUGGCAAAGCUUCUGCAGCAACCGAUAUUUCUGAUCAUUGCACCUCGAGGUCUACAAGCAGCUCCCGAGUUUCAAGUCUACCAACCCGAACGUGUGACUAAAACUGGGCUUCAAUUUGACACGGUGGAAGAAUAUUAUAUCGCUGGAUCUGAAUCGGAGCAGUGGGUUUCUCGGCUUCAGCGAGUUUGUCGGGAUCCCAAAUCCAUGGCCAACCCGCCUAUAGUGCUUCUGUAUAACAAUUUUCACUACAGUCGCGUGCAAUUUGUCCCGCUGAGCUAUCGUCAAGUGCAAAGUAAAUGA